CCAGGACUACCUCUCGAAAACAGGACUUGGAACCCUGUAUCCUCGGUCAGCCCAUUAUCUUGAUGGCCUGCGGGGGAAGUCCCAAGCUCCCAAGGUUUCUCCUAUGGAUGGUUACUUGUCACAUCUAGCAGUUGUCAACCAGGUCAACACACUCUGCAAACAGCUUCAUCAUGAUGUACAGACCCUGACCAACCACAAGUACAUCGCACAUCAAGUGGCUCUCCUAUAUCAAUCUGUAAAUCAACUUGGCAAUGUAAAGGCUCUCCUGAGCUAUCGCAAUAACAUUGAAGGCAUGUUCAAAAAGCUCAAGGCUGCACUAGAAUUAACAGCUACAGCAGGAGACUCAGUGCCUCAUCUUCCUGAUGAAUACAAGCAAUGGUUACUCGAGCUGACGGUGUCACUACAGGCGGUGAUGGCAUCCUUCAAUCCUUCUUUCAAUCAAGCUCUUCUUCCAGCAGCCGCGUUCCUUCAGCAAACCCUCUGACAGACUGAUGGACAGAAGGAUGAAAGCUAUGGAAACCCUUUAUAAGGAGUUCUUCUCUGUCUUAGAACACUAAACAAAGUGGCUAGGAAUUUUACUCUGAUCCAGUAAACUUCCUCUUCCGGUAGUCCGUUUCCUUCAGAAAAACCUUUAACAGACUGAUGGACAGAAGAAUGAAAACUAUGGAAACCCUUUAUAGGGGAUUUUUCUUUGCCUUAGAACCCUAAACAAAGUGGCUAGGAGUUUAACUAUGAUCCAGAGUCUGAUCCAGUAAACUCCUUUUCCUGGUAGUCCUGUUUCUUCAGAAGAACCUUAACCAGACUGAUGGUUAGAAGAAUGAAAACUAUCAAAAAACCCUUUUUAAGACGUUUGUCUUCAUCUUAGAUCAUUACACAAAGUGGCUAGGAGUUUAACUCUGAUCCAGUAAGCUUCUUCUCCCGGUAGUCCUGUUCCUUCAGCAAAACCUUUGACAGACCGACGGUUAGAAGGAUGAAAACUAUGGAAACCCUUUUUAAGGGGUUCUUCUUUGUCUUAGAACACUAAACAAAGUGGCUAGGAGGUUAACUAUGAUCCAGUAGUCCGGUUCCUUCAGAAAAACCUUUGACAGACUUAAGGAUGAAAACUAUGGAAACCCUUUUAAGGAGUUCUUCUCUGUCUUAGAACAUUAGAACACUAAAGAAAGUGGCUAGGAGUUUAACUAUGAUCCAUUAAACUUCUUCUCCUGGUAGUCGAGUUCCUUCAGAAAAACCUUUGACAGACUCAUAGAUAGAAGGAUGAAAACUAUGGAAAUCCUUUUUAAGGAGUUCUUCUCUGUCUUAGAACACUAAACAAAGUGGCUAGGAGUUUAACUUUGAUCCGGUAAACUCCUCCUCCCGGUAGUCCUGUUCCUUUAGAAAAAUCUGUGCUACGCUAAAGGACAGAACGUUGAGAACUAUGGAAACCCUUUUUAAGGCGUUCUUCUUUGUCUUAGAACACUAAACAAAGUGGCUAGGAGUUUAACUCCGAUCCAGUGAACCUCUUGACGUAGUAGUCCGGUUCCUUCUACAAACACUUAGAUUGAUGGAUAGACAGAUGAAUGAAUACAGCGGGGACCCUCUGUUAUGGAAUUCUUCUUUGAGUCGGAACUUCAGACUGAGCUGCUUGGAGUUAUAAUCCGGUUCAGUCAAGCUCUUCUGGUGGUUGCUGGUUUACCUACAAGAAACUUUCUGGCGGGCUGAUAGGCAGAAGGAUAUAAACAGUGUGAAGUUAUCAUUGACCUUCAUUUAGAACACUAGACUGGCUAGGAGUUUAGCUCUGGUCCGCUCAACCUCUUCUGGUCGGGGGUCCUUCAACUAUCCCUCCGUCAGUCCAAUAGACAGAAGGGUGAACACAAUGAAAACCCUCUGUUAUGGAAUUCAUCUUUGACCUGAUACACUGGACAAAGUGGCUGGGAGUUAUAAUCUGAUUCAACCAAGUUCUCCUUCUGGAGGUGGGUUUACCUACAAGAAACCCUCUGAUAGACUUAUUGACAAAAGGAUCAAAACAUUGGAAACCCUCUUUUGGAUAGUAGUUUUAACAAAGUGGUUUAAUCCUUGAGACAACUAAUUUUCUGACAGUUGGGUUCCUUCAAAAAGACAGACAGAUCAAUAGAAAAAAGAUAUAGAUAAAUGAACACUAUCUACACCUUCUUAUGAAAUUUCUUUGCAACACUUGAACAUAAAGUUUUAAAGCUUUUCAAAGUGGUUUGGAGAUAAGCCCUUCACCGUUGUUCAAUCAACCUAUUUUUUUCUGCAACAAGACAGAUGGACAGACAGACAGACAAUUGUGCCAGCUGGAUGAACACCAAGAAAACCCAGCCAAAAAAUCAUUCUUGGAACACUUGGAUUACUUGUCAGAGUGGUUUAGUGGUUAACCUUUUACUGUCAUCCAAUCAAACUAUGCUGGGUUUUCUCUCUCUCUCUCUCUCUCUCAUACACACACACACACUCUCUCUUUGUGGCUAUGACUAUAACCCUGAAUAGGACAAAAUAUUGUAUAUAUUUGAGAGUACAUUCUAUCAAAGAUAGUUUGAUGUACCAGAUAUGCAAAAUGUGAGGCUUAGUGUAAUCAUAUUUCAGUCUUUCUGCAUUAUUACUGUAUGCCAUAAAUGUGUAGGGGAUCUCUUCAUGUACUUUUCCCUUUCUUUUAAAGUUGAGGUAUUUUGAUUCAUUUCAUCCGUUGCCUUCGCCUAAUUGUAACCACUAUCUAUAAUUGGUAACUGGCAUACCAUAUUUAAAGUAAAUUUAAUGCAUCAUCAAAUAAUAUCUCAAGUUCAUUCUCUACGUAAUCAUAUAAUGUUUCAUGCAAGGUGCUGUGGUGAUCAUAUUGUUUUAUAAUAAUAAUUAUACUGUGCUUUCCUUCAGAAAAUCAGAUUGUACUGGCAAAUACCCCUUAAAAAAAGCCACUGUAACAAAAUGCCUUAGUACCAAAGAUGUUGUUCUUAACCAAAGUGUUAUGUUCUGUAACUUGUCUGCAUUUAUUACAAUUUUCCUGUAUUACAAAGUGUUUUGUAUGGUAAUGUUGUAAACAAGAAAUGGAAGUAUAUAGGUAGGCAUCAAGUUUCUUUAUUUGCCUCCAAGAAUGUAAAGAUAGCCCCAUAAAUUGCUUAUGGCAUUUUGAUGUGAUGCAUGAACAUGAUAGAUAUUAAAUGAUGAAAUCUAAAUGUUAUACUGUAAGUAUACCUGCAUGUAUAGGUAUGUUGAGCCAUGGUUUAUGAACUUUGUUACAAUGGAUUUUGCCCCAAAAUGUGUAUUUUAAGCAUGUCGUCAGCAUAGAUUGCAUCACACCUAUCUUUUGUAUGUACUUUGCAUGGAUUUACAAAACAUAUUAUAAAAAAUAAUUCUUGCGUUGUUAUUUUGCCCGUCCAUAUUCAGAGGUGAACAAAAUGCAUACAAGUAGACUACCGUUAGAAAGCAGGUUCUCCAACUUGUAGAGAGUUAGAGUAAAUUGUAAUGAUUAGGAAGAAGAAAUGGUUGUCGGAUAAUAUCUUGAAAUGUCUGCCUUCAAGAAAAUUAGGAAUUUCCUGAGGACCAUUCUAAACAUUUUCCCCUGAUAAUGUAACAAAACUUUCCAGUUUAAAAAAAAAAUGUAUGAUGUGAUAAAGGUCACAAAGGGCCACUUUUCGAGGACAGUUGCCCUUCAACACAGCAUGAUACUAGGGAUGCUCUAGAUUUUCUGGUAACAAUUUGUAUUAUAUUAUUUUGGGCUUAAAAGUAUAUUGAUGCAACAUGAACAAAUUGUGGUCACAAGUCUCUGAACAUUAUCCAAAACUGUUAACAUGAAAAUAUUUUAUGUAAUGUCGAAGAAUUAUUUGAUCUCUCCUUAAGAUUUAUUAAUAUUUUGAUGUGUUUUAUUUCACCUUGACAGAUAUGCUCACUCACUGUAGAAUGCUAUGCAAUUUAAUUCUUUGAUGUUCAAAAAAAGAAUAAGCCACUUGGCAUUACUUAAACAAGUGAAUGAAAA